AUGGGAGUCGAGGCGACGCUCAUUUGCGUCGAUAACUCGGAGUACUCUCGCAACGGGGACUUCUCCCCGAGCAGGCUGGCCGCGCAGGUCGAUGCCAGCGGACUUAUCGCAAGCGCGAAGCUCUCGGAGCACUUUGAGAACACUGUGGGUAUCGUCUGCUUCGCUGGCCGGGGCUCCAGGCUCAUCGCCGCGCCCUCAAACGACCUCGGCACAUUCCUCUCCGGGCUGCAGCUGGUCACACCUUACGGCGAGAGCGAGUUCAUCAAGGGGAUACAAACCGCCCAGCUUGCGCUCAAGCACAGGCUCAACAAGUCCCAGCAGCAGCGCAUCAUCUGCUUCUUCGCAAGCCCUAUCAAGGAGGACCGCACACACUACGUUAUGCUGGGGAAACUGCUCAAGAAAAACAACGUCUCCAUCGACAUCAUCAACCUGUGCAACGAUGUGGCGACCGAGGAGAAACUCGCAGCGCUCCACGCCGCGGUCAACAACAACGACACCUCGCACUACCUCCACUGCAAGGCGGGGGGCGACAUGCUGCUCAGCGAGAUGAUACUCAACUCGCCCAUCAUGCAGGGCACGGACGUCGGCGGCAUGGCAGCCGGCUACAACUCAAACCUGGGCGACUUCGGCGUGGACCCCGAGAUGGACCCGCAGCUCUACAUGGCACUGCGCAUGUCCCUGGAGCAGGAGGAGGAGCGCGUCCGCAAGGAGACCGCGAAACACGCCGCAAACAACGGCGCCGAGCAUCCGACGCAGACGCUGACCAUCGCCGACGUCGAAAACCAGAUCAAGGACAUGGCGGCCAUCCAGAUCGUCCCACUCCCGAGGGUCAUGGAGAUGGUCAUGACCUCGGAGGGAAACCCGGAGCUGCUGGAGUCGCUGAUAUACUCGCUGCCGGAAGUCGACCUGGAGGACGAGCGCUUCAAGGAGCUGGUCGACAAACUCAAGGAGCUCCUGCCCAUGCUCCCGCUGGGAUGA